AUGGAUUCCCAAACCAAAUUCGACGAUCAGUACUCACUCAGAUUGUCCGUGUGUUCAUGGGAAACUCCAAACUGGAAGUAUGAUGUGUAUCUGAACUCUGCAAACGAACGCGUAUGCAGCCAUGGACAAACAUUUACCGAUCAUCUCUACACAGCUUUAACUAAAGCUGAUAUUCACACUUUUAAACCCGAUGAAUCUAAUGAACUACAACCAAGUUUAGAUGAUGUUCCAUCUGACUGGUUGAUAAAAGCGAUAGAAGAAUCAAAUAUUUCAAUCGUUGUUUUUUCAAAAGAAUAUGCUUCUUGCAGGUUCUGUCUUAAUAAGCUGGUAAAGAUCAUGGGUUGCAGGAAUACCAUACGACAGUUGGUUCUUCCAGUGUUUCACCAUGUUGCUCCUGCCGAUAUACGCAAACAAAGUGGCAGCUUUGAAGUCGCUUUUGCAAGACACGAAAAGGCUCUUAAUCUAGAAAAGAUUAAGGAAUGGCGAUCAGCAUUAACUGACACAGGAAAUUUAGCAGGAUGGGAUAUUAAAGAUGAUACCACAAGCUGCGAUGAACUAAAACAUAUUGAGUUAAUCGUAACGGAGGUUAUUAAAAGACUAAACCGAAAACGGUCUGUUGUGGAGCAUCCUGUUGGCUUGAAUUCGCAUGUUCAGUAUCUAAUGGACCUAGCUGGUCUAUUUGGACUCGAUGAUGUGGGUGUACUUGGGAUCUAUGGUAUGGGUGGCAUCGGUAAAACAACUAUUGCAAAAGAAUUCUAUGAUCAAGCCAUUCAUCACUAUGAACAUGGAUGUUUUCUUGAAAAUGUUCGCGAAAGAUCAAAACGGUUCGAUGGUUUACUCGGUUUACAAGAGGAACUUCUUUCUUCGCUUAAAGGAAAGAAACAUAGGGUCAACAGCGUUGACCAAGGGAUUAAUGUAAUAAAAGAAAGAUUAGGUUGUAGGAGAGUUCUUGUCGUUCUUGAUGAUGUAGACCACCUGAGGCAGAUAGAUUCGUUAACCGGGUUGGGUAAGGGAAGUUUGAUCAUCAUGACAACUAGAGAUAAACAUAUUCUAGAUCAAGCUAAAGUUAUCUACCAAUACGAGGUUAAGGAACUGACCCAUGAUGAAUCUUUAAUGUUGUUUAACUGGCAUGCUUUUCGAAGCCCGGUUCCAUUCGAAAACUUCAAGAACCUUAUGGAAGAGAUCGUAAAGUACGCUGGCCGACUUCCAUUAGCUCUUGAGGUUCUAGGAUCAUCUUUAUAUAACAAGACGAUGGAAGAUUGGAACAUCAUGCUCGAGAAACUGAAGAAACAUCCUCCAGCCGGUGUUUCUGAAAGAUUAAGGAUAAGUUUUGACACUCUGGAUGAUACGGAAAAGGAUAUAUUUCUUGACAUCGCGUGUUUUUUCAAUGGAUCAAAGAAAGAAUUUGCUGUCAAGAUAUUUGAUGGUUGUGGAUUCUUUGGAACAAUUGGAAUGCGUACUCUAAUAGACAGAUGCUUACUGAAAGUUGAUAUGGAUGAUAGGCUUAGGAUGCAUGAUUUAGCACGCGACAUGGGACGGGAAGUUGUGUGUGAGAAGUUUCCAGAAGAGCCCGGAAAGCGUAGCCGACUGUGGUUACAAAAUGACGUAUGCAAUGUGCUAAUAAAUGAUGAGGGGACCGAAGCGAUAGAAGGUAUCGUUUUAGACCAACCGAUGAAGCUGCAUUUUAGUACAAGACCCUUUGCUAGGAUGCCAAAUUUAAGGUUGCUUCAACUCAAUAACACGAAUGUUGUUGGAAGCUUUCGCGGUUUGUUUAAAGAGUUAAGAUGGCUUUCUUGGCAUCGGUUUCCUAUGAAAUGUUUACCAUCGGAUUUCCAUCCGGAAAAUCUUAUUUCACUUGACAUGCAAAGAAGUAAUCUUCACACAUUGUGGCGCCAAACUAAGUUUCUCGGUAACUUAACUGCACUUGAUCUUCGCGAAUCAAAAUCUCUUACAACGACUCCUAACUUCACUGGAGUACCAAACUUGGCUGAACUAAGACUUGGCGGGUGUGAAAAAUUAUCCCGCAUACAUAAUUCGGUUGGAAACUUGGACAAGUUAGUUAAACUGGAUCUAGAAGAGUGCAAGAAUCUCAAAAGUCUUCCUAACAGCAUGUGUCAUCUCAAAUCACUUGAAGAAUUAAAUAUCGGUAAGUGUGCAAAACUUAAAGGACUCCCCCAUCAAUUAGGGAACCUAAAAAGCUUAAAAAGCCUCGAUGCUAGCAACGCCGGGAUCAAACGGCUACCUGACUCAAUCGGGUGUUUGACUCGGCUCGAGUCUUUGACCUUAAGCGGGUGUAAAAAGCUCAAGAAACUUCCAACUAGCAUAUGCAAUUUAACUUCGGUUAGCGUUCUACAUCUUGAACGCUGCUCAAGUCUCGAAAAAUUCCCGGACGAAUUGGGUGAUUGGAAGGGAUUAAGUGGGAUUUACGCUAGUAAUACUAGAAUUAAACAGUUACCUGAUUCAAUAGGAAACUUAAGUGACUUGCAUAGUUUGUCUUUAACUAACUGCGGCAACCUCAGAAGUCUUCCAAACAGUAUUUGCAACUUAAAGUCACUUAGAACCUUACGUCUCACCGACUGCUUAAAUCUACAAGAAUUGCCUGAAAAGCUCGGAGAUUUACACCGUUUAGAAGAUAUCGGCGUUAGUGGAACUAGAAUCACACAGUUACCUGAUUCUAUCCAACGAAUGCCUUACCUUCAUACUUUGUUGUUAAAUAACUGCAAGCAGCUUAAAAGCGUUCCGGGAAGGAAUUUAGGAUUGUCGUUAAUUCGGGUUUUAGCACUAAGAGACUGUAAUUUAACAGAUAAUGAUAUUCCAAAUGAUAUCUGGGAGUUAUCAACUCUAAUGGUGUUAGACUUAUCAGGAAACAAUUUUUCAUGCCUGCCGUCUGGUCUUGGUCAACUACACAGUCUGCAGGUGCUAUAUGCUAGUGAGUGUACAUCAUUGCGAAAACUACCAAACCUAUCGACUUUGGAAAUUUUAAGGCAUACGGUUUUGAGUUAUUCUGACAAGUUGGUAGAGAUUCCGGGCUUGGAGAACCUUUGUUCUUUAGAACAAAUUUACCUAACUGGAUGCAGUAGCUUGUUAACAAUGAUCGACAACUUCUUUCUUCAGGGAUACGGUCAAGGUCUAUGUGAUUGUAAGUUCUACUUUUCAAGGAGGGACAUUCCCGACUGGUUUGAGUUUCAGGGAACGGGGGUGUCUUCACAUUUGUUUGACGCGUCUUCAGAUGUUCAUUCCGGUUCUUUACACUGGAUUAUUUGGGUAGAUUACCUUUUUGGCGAUGAUGGUGAUAAGUUUAUGCGCAUUGAUGUUCACGUCGACAAUAAAACAAGCGGCGCGAAAUGGGAAUCUGAAAUAUUGGGAAGGCGUACAAUGUCGUCUUGCAUGAUCAUGGGGCCCGUAAUUGAAAGUGGGGAUAGAUUCGAAGUUUCAUUCGCGUUGCAAGAAGAGAAAGAUGUGAAGGUGGAGAAAUUUGGAGUUCAUCUAUCAUCUAUCAUCCAUCAAAGUUAA